CCGAGUUUUUUUUUUCUGGGUGUUUUGUUUUUGGACCGUUCACGAUGUGGGUGUGUGCGUGUGUGUGUAUAUAUGGAUUGGAACGAGGAUAAUCCCCCAUCUAUGAUUGUUCAUGUUUUAUGCAUGCUGCUAACCUUCUUUUUUUUAACCCUCUAUGCGUCAUUGAUCACUCCCCUUGGUGACGAUUUGCGUGUCCCUCGUCCACUCGGUCGUCGUUGUUUUUUUUCCUCGCUCUUCAUACAAUUGCCCUACAGUACACCAUUAAUUAUUUUCUGCGUAGGUGCUAAAAUAAUAAACAGCAUUUUUCACCAAAACCCCCCACACAACCUCCACCCCCAUCCCACUCACCAAUACAUAAAAGUACACAUAUAACACUCACACACACAUACACACACGCACUCACGCACAUCUAAUACAUCACCUUACCCGCAUACAUAAGACCCGUCUAUUAUUCCCGCUGCUUCUACCGCUCCUUCU